GCCCCACGGGGAUUUCAUUUUAGCGCCUUACCAGCUUUUCAGAAGGUGGCACCUGAGAUUUCACUGCAGAACCAUUAAACCCUUGAAAAAAAUGACAGAAAGCGGUGGGCAGGAACAGUCAAGAUGGAUAACAACAGUUAUUAUGAGUACAGCUCUGCAGAAUCAUGAAAUUUCUACAGUUCUACAGCAGCAACAACACCGAGUUCGAUACUCAGAAUCAGUGGAAAUUGGAUCCGUGAUUUUUUCUCUUUCUGGUGUUGCAUUUAUACUGUCAGACACUCGAGACUUGCUUAUGACAGGGGAAGAACAGUUUUCCAAAAGAAUUCAGAAGUUCAUAAACAUUCAUCGGAACAGUUUUUUGGUUUUGUCAGCUGCUCUUCAUAGACCAGAAGAAUGGAAUGUCAUGUUUAGGAUUCAGAGAAGAUUCCUGGGCAGUAAUUUACGUAUAAUACCAGUUCAUAAUACUGCUGAAACUGUUAAGUUAAUGCUAACUAUAGCUAAGAUAACUUCCAAGACACGAGCAGAUGAUAUUCGUUACAAAAUGGCAAAGACAAAAGCCCAAAUAAUAGAGAACAGUCCAGUCUGGAAGAUGCUUCAGGAGUACCAGUUGCAUUGUAAUUAGUUUAGUAUUUGGGGGGGUUAUUCAUAAAUAGA